GGGAGACUGAUACUAGGAAUAUAUACAUAUAUAUACCUCUCUCUCUCUCUACAAUUAUCUUCGAGUCUAUAAAAGUUAAAAUUCCACUCGUUACACGACUCGUUUUCCUGCUUUCGAUCAACCAACACACUAACAAUGGCAGCUAAAAAUGAAAAGAUCGGGAUCAUUGGCAGCGGCUUAAUCGGACGCAGUUGGGCGAUGCUCUUUGCUAGCGUAGGGUAUCAGGUAACCAUUUACGAUAUUGUCGAGGAGCAGAUUAAGAGCGCAUUGGAGGACAUCCGUCAGCAAUUGAAACGUCUUGAAACUGGCGGUCUUCUUCGUGGUACACUGACGGCGGAUCAGCAAUUUAAUUUGAUAAAGGGAAUAUCCAAUUUGGCGGAGACUGUGAAGGGAGCAAAACUGGUCCAGGAAUGUGUGCCAGAGAAUCUCUCGUUGAAGACAAAACUUUACAAUGAACUUGAUAAGAUUGUUGAUGACAAAGUGAUCCUGUCGUCUUCAACGUCCACAUUCCGUCCAUCUCUUUUCAGCGAAAAGUUAAAACAUCGUGAGCAGAUUAUCGUUUCCCAUCCUGUAAAUCCUCCUUACUAUGUGCCACUCGUAGAAAUAGUACCAGCGCCGUGGACGCGUUCCGAUAUUCCUGAGAAGACCAAGGCCAUCAUGAUCGAGAUCGGCCAGAAACCCGUUGUCUUGAAUAAGGAAAUUGAUGGUUUUGCGCUUAAUAGAAUACAGUACGCAAUCUUAAAUGAAGCCUGGAGAUUAGUAGCUGAUGGAGUGCUAAGUGCAAAAGAUACUGACACGGUGAUGAGUGAAGGACUCGGGAUGCGUUACGCUUUCCUUGGUGCUUUCGAGGCUGCGCAUCUGAAUGCCGAUGGAAUGAAGAAAUAUUGCGAAACAUAUAACAAAUCGAUUUAUGAUACGAGCAUGACUUUCGGCCCGGUGCCCAGAUUCGUGGGCGAGGAGGCGGAGAAAAUCAGCAACGAAUUAAACGAGAUGUGUCCGCUUGACAAAUUACAGGAGCGACGCGCAUGGCGGGACAAUGCUUUGACGAAGUUGUCUAUACUCAAGAAAAAAUUGGAUCAGAUAAAACAGUAAAAAUUUGUGUAUUAUACAUAUUGCAUAUUAAUGAACCAGUGAACCAAUGCUGAAACUGUUUAUAAGACAGACCUACGCGUGUGGUAUAAUAAAUUUUAUCAGGUUAAUUGUAAAAGAUGUAUCAUUCAAAACCAGUUUAUCUUUGAUUAGUUUGAUCAGUCAAAUUAAAUUUCAGAAUAGCCAACUAUAAAAUUUAAAAUUGAUCUUAUUAUUUUGUCCAUUUGUUUUUAUAAAUUAUAUUUUAAUUAAUAAUUAGGUCAUUUUAAAUUAAAAUAAUAAAAUUAAGAAAUUAGUAAUUAAAAAUUCUGCAGUUAGCAAUUCAUAAAUUUAAUAUAAUUAAAUGGAAUUGGUGCGAUCGGUUCUUUAACUGUGAAAAUUAAAUGCGAAUUGUACUUAUUAAUGUAAGAAUCAAUAUGUAUAUGUGAGAUUUGCCCCCUUCAACUUUAAAAUUAUUCCUAAUUGUAUACAUAAAAAAUGUAAUCAAAA